AAGUGUUCAAACACCACUUUUCGUUUAAAACGUUUAAAAAAAUAAGCAACUAUCGUGCGCACUGAACUUUUAAAUAAAUUUAAAUACACUUUGAUAAAAUCCAGGCUUAAAACUUAAAAUUGUUAUUAGCAGAAAUGCCUCCCACAAAUCAAUAAAACAUUGCCAACAGUAACGAGCUUUCACUAAUUGGUAAUUUUAUGGCUUGAACAAUAGAACAAACCCUCGCGUGUUUUUCCAUGCAUUAACAACGCAAAAAUAAAAAUGAUUUACGACUUGUGUCACAGCAAUUGUAAGUGAGGUUAUAUUUCCAGUCGUCACCGCCUCCAGUCCACCUCCACCGUGCAUCCUUUCUUAUCUCGCGCCAACCGACAAAGACAACCGAUUCCGCAAGUCGCGUCAUUUUUUUGACAUUUUUGACAUUUCACACUCACCUGCCACGAUGGCUUCGUCGCCGAAAGAUAAAAACACAAGUAAAAACGAAAAAUCGGUAAAUGUGGACAUAACGAAAGCCAACAUGUCGAACUCCACCCCCAAAAACAAUCAGUUGGGCGAAAUAGCAAUCGAAGCGUCUGAAAUCGUGAGCAGAUUGGAGCAGGUCGUCGAGGGCUUGAGUCUGGCGGAUGCGGCGUACAAUCAACCCACUGUGUUUUUGGGGUUGGACCAGAAGCGUACCGAGGAAAUCAUACAGAUUAUACAGGGUCUUAUUAGUGUAGAUGAGGACGGGGAACCUUUGAAUUUUCACACUUUGGAUAAUGUGGCGAAGUUGGUGAUGGUCUCACACUGCGUCGCAGCGUACUGCAGUGGGUUAGACAGGCCCAUUAUGCAGAGGUUAAGUACCAGGUUUACCACGGAUACCACCCGGUGGAUCAGCCAGAUAUUUGGUUUUCUCGAUUCCUCAUCUUUCUACCACGACGACCACCUCGAAGGCCUAGUCAGGGUUACACGAAUGAUGUUACACUACAAAUACCCCCGAUAUUUAGAAGACGGAGCCCUGGCAUUAACCUCAUCACUACCCACCAUCUACAGUAGCGUCGCGAGCCCCCUCGUGGUAGUACAGCACCUGUGCAGACAAUUAGGGCUACCACUGGCUUGCGUUAGACCAGUACCUGUGAACACACACUUCGGCUCACAGUACACCAUGGACGUCGCCUCGUUGCAAAAAAUGCUAGCCGAUGACGUUAGUGCAGGGAGAGCCCCCUUGAUUGUCAUAGCCGAUGCCGGGACUCCAAUCACGGGCCACGUUGACAACAUCACCAGAAUUAAGGAACUGUGUAGGCUUCACGACGCUUGGUUGCAUUUAAGGGGGCACAGUUUAGCAGCUUUGGCUUUACCUAAUUAUCAGAGAAAUGGACAUAUUCCUCCAGUUGCUGACAGUUACACGUUAUCUUUAGGUAGUUGGCUUGGUAUUCCUGGCUUGCCCAUGGUCACUUUGUAUAGGCUUUGGGAGUCUUCAUCUAAUGCCAAUCGCAAUAAACAAGUGGGGGCAACCCGAGAAAGCACUCUUCCACUAUUAGCAGGCUUAAACAACGACCAUCAAGGUCGGCGGAUUUUGGCUUUACCGCUAUGGGCGGCUUUACAAGGCUUAGGCAAAGACGGCGUCCACUCUAGAAUACGGGACGAUUUCCUUUCCAGCGAGAGGCUAUGGGCAGCUUUAGACCGCUACCGUCACGUCAGAGUUUUGAGUCAAAAACCCGGCGGUGAAAGCGGCAGUUACACAGUCUCAGAACUGAUAUCCAAACCAGCUAACAUAAAUACUGCGCCCCCCAUCCAGAUGCUGUUCGAAUCGACCGCCUGCUGCGUAGUCUUCCAAUUCACCCCCGAACUGAGCGAAGGCGAAACCCUCACUAAAGUGCCUCCGUACUACGACAAGCUCAACUCCUGGCUGGGGCAGAUCCUCCAGCUGGACGCCCCCCAGGUGCCCAUCGACAUCUGCGAGUUGGAGAACGUGGGGGUGGUGCUGCGGUUUUGCCCCUUCGAAAACUCGUCGGGGCAGCAGCCGAGCACCGAGGAAAUCCAGGGGUUUGUGCAAUGUCUGGAGCAGCAACUGGUGAUCCUGAGGGCGACUAUCCAGCACAAGGAAACUUUUAUUAAGCUGGUUUCGGAGUCGCCGGUUCUGAAAAUCGUGGAUUUGCCGGAUUGGGCGGGGCUGGGGGGCGUCAGGUACGCCCCCGAAGGGUGGGAGCAGCUUCUGACUGAUCAAGCUAAGGAGGAGCUGAAUAAUUUGAACAUGGCACUGGUGGAUUCGUUGAGGUCUACUGAUUCGGCGUUCUCGCUGGGAGAGGGCGCUGAUGGGCUGAUGUGUGUGCGGUUCGGGAUGUUGACGCCGCAGUCGGAUGUCGAGGAGUUGCUGAAUUUGGUGAUCAGGGUGGGACAGUCGGUGGAGGAGAAUUCGAGGGUCCUCGACUCCAUGAGCGAAAUCGUGAAACGCGGCAUCGAGACGGCGACGCUCGACCUCCAGAAAGAGAACGAAGAGCGCUUAUGGCAGGAGGGCAUCCUGAGGCAGGUACCCGUGGUGGGUACUUUCGUGAACUGGUGGUCACCGAAGACCAAGGAGACCGGAGUGCGGGGACGAAGCCUGAAUUUGACCCAAGGGGUCGUCGAAUCCACGGAAAACAUCUACAAGUACCACAUGCAGCUCAGCGGCUUAAAUCCGGGGGCCAAGAGCCCGCCGACCCCCCAGGUGCAAACGCCCGUGGGGGGCAGUCACUCUCGAUCCAGUAGUCACGCGUCAAGUCAGGGGGUUAAGAUAGAGAACGAGCGAGAGGUUCCUAAAGAUAGCAGUAAGGUACAGAGUAGUAAUAGGAAGAGUUCUUCACAGACUGAAACAAAAGUACUGACGCCUUAAAUCUGUCAUUUCGAGCUUUAUUGUUGUUGAUUUAGAGUUAGUCGCGUUGGAGGCUGUUGAGAUGUUUUCAAUUACGAACGAGGUUUCUCUUGCCGUAGGUCACAUUUGUCCUGGACGGGCGGAUGCACAGGUUUUUGUUUUUUGUUAUUUGAUAACUCUAAAUUUUUUUACAGUAUUAUAUUUUUUUACUUUCUGAAGUGUAAAUAACUAGGAGUUAUGUUCUUUUUAAAGUGUGUAAGGAACAAUAUAGUGACAUGUAUAACCGCGAUUCUGUUCAAGUUAUUGUAGUAACUUAUAAGAAUAGUUUGUAACUUUGUAAAAUUUACUACUUUAUGCAGUCUUUGUUUUUAUUUUUUAUUUUAUAGGUUACGUUGAGUUAUGUAGAUGAAAGUAAUAGAUUUCUAAUCCUCAGUAUUUUUAUUGAUACGGUGGGAUACCCUAAAGUUAUUUGCACAUUGUUUUAUUAAUAUUGUACCAAAGAAGCUUAAGAUGCGUUGAUUUUUAAUAAAUUAUACUAUAAGACUUAA